GAGUCGUAUUUCAGAAAGUGCUCUAAAUAACAGUUUGUAAUGUCUUGUUAUUUUGUUAUUUUCAAGACGAUGAAAAGUCCUUAGAGGUUAACUUUUAUUUGAAAUUGUAUUUUAAUUUUUACGCUGUAUUCUAAUUUUUUACGCAGUCGAGAACACCCAUUUCCAAUUGCACGUGGGAGUUAAUUCAAAGCAAAAUGAUCAUAGCACUAGUGUUUGGUUCACUUCUCUCGACGGUUUACAGUAACUCUCCACCAGCCAACUAUGUCUACAAUGUUUCUUAUACCUGUGGAACCCUCGUUUCUGGUGCUGAUUUUGAUGCUAGCGGAGCAGGUGUAACCAUCCAGACUGAACUUUACGUAAUAGCCGAAAUCAAAUGUGCAAAUGCAGUUACGUAUCAUAUCCGGCUAAUGGAUCCAACUAACAUAGAUACUUUAUCAGCUAAUAUCUAUUAUACUAAUGACGGCAAUGGUACAAUAGGAACAGACUGUUUCUUCUUUCAAUCACACACCGAAUCCAACUUGUAUGUGGUGGAAAUGAAUGUCUACUGGGGAUAUUCGAAUAACUCUUUAAUGCAUGAAUAUGAAGCCUAUACCAUUACGUGUAGUACAGAAGGACUAGCAACUAACAACACAGUGCCUGAAAGAACCAUUGACAAGAAUGGGAUACGUAUAACAGCUGAUUUGGAAGGUCAUAUAGGAGAUGGAUUUUCUGGUUUAUCAAGUCUCGUUUUAGUAGAUGUUCUAGGUCGUCCAAUAACCGGGAACACAAUAACUAGGCAAAAGAAAGUAAUGUUACAACUAUCGAUCGAUGGAAGUGGCGGUAAGCUUGGAGUAAUACCACAUUGGUGUGAAGCUUAUAACAGUGAUAAUACACAAACGUACAGAAUACUGAGCGCGGGAUGUGGAGAUGGUAUAAUGUUUCCAAUUACUGUAGGAUUUACCACAAAAGGUUUGACAGCCACCAGUCCACAUUUUAAAGUGUUCGGACUAUUGGAAGCCUUGGGAAAUACUGCUAGUGUAUCUUACCAAUGUGCAUUUUCUACUUGUUCAGCAGCUUGUGAUGGGUCUUCAUGUGCUAUAAGAAACAAGAGAUCUAUUAAGAACAAAAACCUGUUUUUAGUUCGCACAGUCAAGUAUAAGUUGGAACGCUUGAGAAAUUUGUUAGACCAAACAACGGUAGACGAGUCUGAAGUUAUUGGGUUAGAUAUGGUCGUGAAGAUUACUGCUGCAGCUACAAGCGUUAUUGGUGGAAUAACUGUAGUAUUACUUAUUGUAUCUUUGUGUGGAUGUAUAAAACUUAAACGCAAAGGCAAACAACAGUCAAGUCCAGAAGAGACACGAACAGAAAAAACGGAGCUAGAAAAAGUAAAAGCUUGAACAUAAACUUGUGUAUGAUAUGAUUUUUGCUACUUUAGAUAAUAAAAAAAUUGUAACAGAAACCUAA